AUGGAGGUUGCUGCUUCCAUCGCAAUAGCAAUUGGUCCAACCAUAAGUGGUUUACGCAACCUCUUUGGCUACGACUAUAUAAACUGGACUUGGAGCAAGUGGUUAGCACCUUUGGCUUGUGAUCUUGCCGAUGAAGGACAGUCCCGUGUACCCCACAUGGUCGAAUCCGGUGUGUGGCCAUACAUUGACGCAUGCGGAAAGUGA